GCACUCAUUGACAAUUCUACCGGUAGAACAUCAUUCCCUUGGCAUACCUCCAAACGAACCCGGCCAGGCAUAAUUGGAUCAGUACCUGACUACCUCGACACUUGGAUAUACCACCAUCACUGCCACCCCAGCUUGUCGCGACAAAGAAUCGCCACCACGCAAUAACCGCCCCUUCCUCUCGCUCUCUAUUUACUCACUCCUGCAUCACAUCAUCGCGCCUCUUACAUUGGCAUACACCAAGCAUGGUUUGAAGAUAUUGGCCCCUACAACGGAUUCGUAGGCCGUCUGGUUACUCGUAUCGCCUUCUUUUGGUUUACCACUCCUUGGAAUCAUGGUCAUAAUGAGCCGAUCGCAUCUACUACAAAACACAGACAAUACCAGAAAUCAGCCAUACGCGCCAUUUUACAGCUAGUUGCACAUAAUCAAACAGCUUCUCUGGUUGCACCUCGACGGCAUCUUGCCAAACGUCCGUCCCGAACCAUCAUGGCAAUCUGGCCAUUCCGGCGGAAAAGCCGCAAAAGGCGCUCUCGCGCUGCCACGACGGAUUUCGAUGGCCACCGAGAUGCUACCCCAAUAGGCCAAGCUUCGACAGCGGAACAGGCAAAGACAGGGCAGGAUCGAGCGGAGCCCCAUAAGCUACAGCGAAGAGCACGAACGUAUAGUUUCUCUCCCGGCCGCCACGAUUCGAUAGUACUUGGGCGGAAGAUGAGUGUUGGAGGAAAACGGAGAGUGACGGGACCAGCAGCGACAUCCCAGGGGCCUAACAGCACUGACCUAGGUCGGAACGUUUUCUUCCGCAUGCCCACCCUCCACAAUAAACGCGACGGCGAUGACCUACUACGGAAGAAAUCGAGCAAGAAAAGGCGGACGGAAGAUCAUGCGCGGGAGGCGGAGAUCAAGGCAAUGAGCACAUAUGUGCCUGUCCGAGCAGCAACUGAGGCCUCAAUGGCGGGACGCCCCAUGAAGAAGGACAGCAAAAGAAUCAAGAAUGGUUUUGGAUUUAGGGGCCAAAGAUCCUCGGACGUCUCCUUACCCGCCCCCGAAUCCCUCCAUUCGGCCUUUUCAUCAGACUCGGAACAAAUCUCGUACAAGGUUUCGGCAUUCGAAGCACUCGCCCCCAGACCAACCCUUCGAUAUGCCACGCAUCCGCGACAGGGCUCUACAAAUGGUGAGGUUGGCGCAUCACCGCUCGCCAAGAAACCCUCACAGCGCCAGAAGAGGCUCGUAGAGCCCAUACCGGAGGCGACACUGAAGGCUCAUAAACGUGUUGACGACCUCGCUAAUGAUCUUAGCGCGAGUGAUCUCCGCGAGUUGAUGGAACGAGAUCGACGACGGCGCGAACGGAGACAGCAACGAGAACAGGAAAAUGCACAGACGAAGCUUGCCAAACGGGUAGAAAAGCAGCGUGCCGACGAUGUUGAAGCGCAGAAGGAAGGCAGAGAGUCUCCUCCAAACCUGGAGAGAGGCGUUCUUGGCCGUGAGGCUGUGGGCUUGGGAAUCGACCCUGCGUCUGCGGUGGUAACGUCAUCAAGGAUUCGUGAAUCGGACGAGCUUUUAAGGCCAGUGAGAAAGCGUUCAAGGGAAGAAUUUAACGAGGGAAAGGAGGAGGAAAAUGUGCGACCACAUCCACUGAGAUCUUUCCAUCGCACGGAAAGCAUCCCGGUCGAAACUCCCACUUCUCCCCUCGGGCCAGAAGCCCCUGGCUUAGCCAGUCCGCAUUCGAGGAGUUCCUUUUUCAGCCCGAAUGGUCGGUCAUCUCGACAAGCCUCCUUGGCCAAAACGGAGCGCUCGGAACAGAUGCGGAGAGGGUCAGAGACCAGCAGCUCCAGAGGGCACCUAUCAUGGGCAUCCAUCUUCAGGUGGGGAAACAGAAACAGACGAAGCUCUGGUGGGCCGUCUUCGUUCUCCAACACGUCGCGCGACUCGAUGCGUGACUCGAUGCAAACGCCACAACUACACGUGCCAACACCACCAAUCAAUUUCACCCCGCGACGGGUUAGCUCCGGGGUACCGAAGCGCACGAAAUCGCGCUUCCGUGAAGAUCUUCCAGAGCUCCCGCUCUCACCACCGGGAUCUAGGAUACAGUUAAACGAGGGCGAUUCGAUUCCUCCCACGAUCGCCGAGGCUUCCCCUAACCCAAAUAACGAUCUCGAUCCUCUAGGAGUAGCGACAUCGGAGAAUGGCCCUAGAGAUGAGACACCAACGUCAUCAGAACAGAGAUCCGUGGACGCACUCCGUCAUACGCCCUCUUCCUUCGGCCACCCCGAUGAGCGUAAUAUGACCCCCGAACCGCAGACCAUGUCGCUUGCCUCCAUAGAUUCUGAGGCAUCAUGGCUAUCCGGACGCUUAUCGGCGAAAAGGCGAAAGUCGUCAAGUAUCAUGAGGUCAUCGACACCAUAUAGGCAGCUUCCUCGAACAUCAGAGCCGGAUAACGAGAAUGAGGAUGGGCAUUCGCCUGAGCAUGAAAACCUGAAUGAGGAAUCCUCCAUCGUGGAUGAUGAUUAUCUAUCCCGUGUUGCACGCCCUAGUGGUGAACGUCCCGGGUGGAACCGGCAGUCCAGUGGGGAGGCUCGUGCAUCAAGUGAUUGGGAGGAGGAACCUCAUUGGGGAUCUGUCAGGGAAGGGCAGCCCGUUGUUAUCCACGGUCAUCCUGCCAAUGUCCGAACGAAGAGCUUCGAAGGUUAUCUCAAUUCAUUGGGCGACACGCCCGAGGCAAGCCCCGGACUCCCGGAAACCGCGGGGGAUGUGAAGGACGAGGAGAUUCGGCGAGCGACCAGCGUGAAUCUCGGCAAGGGACACGUACGACACUACAGCGCCGGCAGCGCUCGGCUACUGUCCCUGUCCCCGCGUUCUUCCACCGAUAAACGGAGGAGUCUACCACCGAGACCCCUGGAUUAUUCGGCAGCGCAAGCAGCUGAGGUCGAGAAGCAGUGAGUAAGCGAUAUGUAGUGUUAUGGCUGGCUGAUCCCGCGAAAUACCCCCACGCUCGUUUUGAUUUGCUUUGUUCUUGUUCAUAACAUAUCGGGGAGGCGCUACUUAACCGACCACCAUUCACUCGUUGGAGGCGCUUUUCCUUUGUUCUUC